AAAAGAAAUAGGAGAAUUAAGGCAGUCAUAAAAUUAUAUGAACAAAAUGAUGAUUAUAUACAAGAAUUUGAUAAAGAUGAACUUUUACCUAUCCUAGCUCAGAACGGAUAUCAUUCUAUUGAGCAAUCUAAUUCAGAAGAUUUAUCGCGUCAAAAAUUGCUAG